AUGGUUUGUUGGGAACAAAAACCUUGCUGAGAUGUUUAUGAAAGCGUGCAAGGUUUUCGUAUAUAGUCUGUUCAGAUUUUGAAUUUCAAGUAACUAACUGCGUCCCCAUGGCUUAAAUAAUUUUUGUGUCAAUAAUUUAGGGGGCGCGACGAUGAUCCUUUAAUAAUGCAAAAUUUUUUUUUUGAUCUGACAGUUAGAAAAAGAAAUGAAAAAUGAAGCAUUAUUAUAAGAUCAUCGUAGCGCGCGAUAAAAUAUUGACGCGAAAGGUAUUGUAGCCAUAAGAGGCGGAGUUAUCUGCUUAACAUUUAGAAUCUGUUCAGACUAAAGCCCAUUCAGCGUCGGCUUGUUAUGAUUUUUUAGGCUCAAAAGUCCCGUUAUGUUCAAGGCGCACACACCAGGACAAGCCUCUUGUAUCGAAAAAAAAGUGCACUGUAGCUCGGAGAAAGAAAAAAAAGUCGUGACAACCGCGAAAUGGGCUGUAAAUCUCUAGACGCAGAGCCGUGUUCAGGAGAUGACCCUAAAACCUUCAAACAUCCCUGCAAGGAUUUCCGAACCUUUUUGGAGCUAGCAAACUUAUGAUAUACCGUAUUCGAAGCUUGUUUGAUGUGCGCAGCAAAAGAGUUUUUUUUUCUGGUUAGAAAAUUAGCGGAUACAUACGAUUUAGUCGCCGUUUGGCAAUAUCUCAAUAUAAACUUUCUUUCAAACUUUUUUUUUUGUAGCUGAAUUGGCGGAGCCAAGACAUCAGAAGUAGUAUUUCAAAUAAAGAAACCGGGAAUGCCACCCAAUGAACUUAUUUUCAAACGCAUAUGUCAAAGAAGCAAAAAAAAAAUGUGGUUUUUAAGCAAGAGCCGGAGGUUUAUUUACCCCCAGAACCGUUGUUUGCUGCUGUGGUCAAAGCUAAUUUCAAAGAAGGUUUGGCUACUCUUGUCAACUGAUUUUCACGUUCUAUUUGAAGUGAUUCGAUUAUGUGAGGCCGGCGCAGACGUCCAACAGAGGACGAAGAGGGAUGGAGAACGCAUAACGUGUUUGAUGCUGGCUGAUUACUUCUACAGUCCAAUUUUGGUAGAAUUCCACUUGUUCAAUGUUACCAUCGGAGAUAUCUUUCAGAUAAACAUUUUUCACUACCUAGUCAAUAGAGGACUUUCAGUGGACGCCACCACGACAAGUGGUAAUACUACAAUUUCGAAGUUUUUUCCUUGGAAGCUGGAAAAGAUUCCCGAAAGGUUCCACUCAAAGUGGUUAUUUGAGGGUCUAGGAACUUUGAAGAAAAAGCACUUGUAAAUCAGGGUUGCCCGAGAUUGAAAAUAAACAGAAUGGAGAAAAAAAAACCAAAGUUUGGCGUAAAAUGUGAUGAUCCCAAUGCACCAAGAGCAAAGCAAUUCAAAAUUCGACGGAGAAACCGACAUAAAUGGUCGAUAAAAUUCGAAAAACGGUUUUUUUACAACAAAAAAAAUCUGAAAUUGCAAGUUUCGCUUUUUUUUUUAUAAAUUUGAAACUAUUGAUUAGUUUCGAACUUUCAUCUUUUUCUGUUUCUUUUCCAUAGCCCUUUCACGACUGGCUUGAGACAGCAAAUGAGAAUGAGCGGUUUCACUUGCGCGGCGAAAGUAGAUAAUGGCGGCUCUACAUGCGCCUUUAAUAAAAGCCUUAUUUAGUGAAUUAUUUUUGUUUACACUCAUUUUAUUAGUUUUCAGGUUUUUUUCUUUAAAUAGACUAAAGACUAAAUAAAAAAAGAAAUAAGUUAUAAAAUGGGCCUUUUAUGGAAGGCGCAUGGGUAGUCACCGUGAUCUACCUUUGUCCCGCAAGUCGAACCGCCCGUGCGCUGUCCCAAGCAAGCCGUGAACGGGCUAUAUGCUUUUUUUGAUCUUUUCAAGUAUUUCUUUCAUUCACAUAGUUUUUUUUUCCUCGAUCUUCUUUGGAAUUUUCUUUCUUCAUUUUCUAGACAUUUUGUGAAAUUUUUUUCAUCUCGUUUUCAGAAAAUCACUUCUCGUGGCAACCCUGUUGUAAACUGGCAAACCCAAAAAUUAAAACUUCAAUUAUCUGUUUUUUUGGCUUGCUUGAAGUUUUUCUGCAAGUUCGCCAAAUUUUCGUUUCAGGAAAAACGGCGCUUCAUUUCGCUGUAGAGGAUAACAAUAUCACUCAUGUCAAGGCAUUGGCGAAAAGAAAAGCAAAAGUAACCUACGACGAUGAAGGAAACAAUCCCCUUUUCAUGGCUGCUAUAUUCCUACGCGAGGCAACUUCUUUCUUGCAAAAUUUGAAUAAAUUCAUCCAUUUUUCAGUCAACAGUUUACGACUUUUUGGUGGAAUAUGUGGAAGAUCCGAAAAUGAGAAAAGACGCCAUCAUUCUCCGAUCCGCCACUCAGUGUGUGAUGAGAUGGAACCAGACUGCCUUCAAUAAACUCAAAGCAGCGAUACUUAUGGAACCUGCUUUAAAUGUUCAUUCCGAAAAUCGAAAAAAAAGGGAAAUUUGAUGUUUGAAGGAAGAAGACGAGAUUCCGCCCAACGGGGCCUAUCACUGGAUGCGCGAAGCCCGUGAUUUGGAAGGCAUCCAAGAAAUGGAAAAGAAACGGACCACCUGCAUCUACCAAGUCCUUUUUUGUGUGACGUUUGAAAAAAAUAGCAUCACGUGAAUGUAAUUUGUGAUUGAUCUUGGAAAGUUCCAAUUUCAUCUUCUCUUGGCCAGUAGCCCCCGCGGAUGCUACCGCCGAGCCCUCGUAACGCAAUUUUUAGCCGCGCAUAGACCCUUUUAAGUCCAGAGGAUCACACGAAAUGUUAAAAACCACCGGAUGAUGGCAGUAGCACCCUUAACGCGGCUGUUUCGCGAAAUUAUGGCGUAUUUUUUCGUGUUAGCUAGUAGCAGCCGCGGGUGCACCCGUUUAACCCCUACCGAGCACCCAAAACGCAUUUUUUUUUUAGCCGCGCAUAGACUCCCGUUUUAGGCCAUUGGGUCUACGCUCAAUUCACUCGCGGAGCCCCCGUUUAGACCCAGGGGUUCACCCGAAACGUUAAAAAAAAACACGGGGAGAUUGCCAGUAGUACCCGUAGAACACCCGAAACGCAAUUUUUAGCCGCAUGUAGGCUCCGUUCAAGUCCAGCGGAUCUAUGCAAAGGCCCAACUCACGCGCCGAACCCCCGUUUAAGUUCAGGGAAUCACCCGAAACAUUAAAAAAAAAACGCCGAGUGAUCGGCAGUAGAACUCAUUUCGCAAAAAUUAUGACGUAUUCGCUCAACGGAUGCGAAAGGCCAAUAUAUUAGAGGCUUUUUCACAAGUUCUUGUUGGAAUGAUUCUUAUGUACUUGGCUAAAAGGUAUUCAUAAAUAGACCUCUACAAAAUCAGUCGAGAAAUAUCGUCUUUUUCAAAGUUAUGACACCAGAAAGCCCUCUUUUUGCAGCGAUUGAAUUAAACAAUUUGAGACGUCAUAUUGCUUCAAAAACCGAAAGGCGCUGUGUUUUGACUGGAUUUUGAAUCAGGGUGUCCUUGGAAGGUCACUUCUAUGAAGUUUCGAACGAAAUACUUGAUAGUGCCGCUAUUUGUUCCUUUACUUGACUCACUACGUUCAAUCCAUUCAAAAUGCGACCGAAAAUUUUAAUUUUUGGUGAAUAAUGGUUUUUGUUAUUCCUUAAUUUCAAAGAAUUUCUCCAGUGGCACUAAUUUAAUCCAAUUUUUUCAGUGUUUGCUCAUGCGUGAAAGGAUCCUCGGCCAACGAAAUAGGGACGUUCGUCUGAAACUUGUCCGCCAAGUUGGAAGGGAUAGGUUCCGCGAGCAAUCUUUCUGGGAGUUCGUUUAAAAAAAACUCACGUAAAUGUAUUGGCUGUUCGAAAAGCCUUGCUUGUGCUUUUGAGGGCGCAGCAGAAGUGUGGCAAGAACAUUGGAAAUAGAUCUUCUCCUCGAGACCUUUAUAAAAUGAACUGUGCCGAAAUGCCACGAGAAUGUGUUUUUGAGCACUCUGUAGCUGUUUAUAAUCAAUAUAGGCCAUUCCGCGUCAGCUUUUCACAAUUUUUGUUUCCCUCCUAGCUAGAGAAUCAUGCCGUUUGAAGCGCCUGGCCUAAAAUUUCCCUUAUAUUAAAGGCGCAAGCAGAAAUAAAUAUCGCGCGCAUCGAAGGGAAGGUUUCUGUAGCUCAGAGGAAAGAGGAAAUCGUGAAAAUCUGGCGCGGAUCGGUCUAUAAAAAUGUUGAACUGUAGCUGAUUAACGGCUGGCUUGGGACAUCAAAAAAGGGUCCUGACACGAUAAUAAAAGAGAUAGUGCCUAGUAAGUGGAGAGCGCAGACAGGCCACGCCCCUUUCGCGUCCCAAGUCGUGAAUCGACUAUAUGAAAUCAGCGCUCGGACAUCCAUUUUUUGAUUUGCAGGCAUAACUUCAUGUUUUACUACGUGGUUUCAGUGUGCUUUGAGUAAGUUAAAGAAAUCACUUUUCUCUUCCUAAGAUAUCCUUUAUUUUGAGGUUCGAACCCGAACUGAUCCUCACGAUAAUAAGUAAAUUUGUGGCCCAGCUUCGGACCUUGGUCCCUCAAUUGAGAAGAGGUACAACUCCGCACGGCGAGACUGUACAGUUCACGAUCAUGACCGCCUGUACUUUCUUCAAUGUGAUUAUUGGGAUUAUGGAGGAAGUUUGUACACUGGAAUGACAGGCACAGGAAUGUAUGUUUCCAGGGUCCGCAUGCUGAGUUGCAAGUUCGUGAAAUGCGAGAUUGGGCCAGACACAUGGCCGAAUUCGCUAUCGAAACCAUAUGCCAUGUCAGUUGAAGCCCCCCCCCCCUUCCAAUAGAUAGUUCAAUUUGAUCAAACAUUGUUUUGCGUAAGGGAAAUUGGGCUCAAAAUUCUGCUUCGAAAUCGGUUUUUCGCGCAAUCUCUCCGUGGUCGUUUCUUAUAUUUUCAUUUUGCCGCCGGUUUUUUUGCUCAAUUUGUUUGGCUUUUGUGGUAUUCAUAUCAUUUGAACACUUCUCCGGGUUUCUCUUUUGAAAUUUUCUUAAAUUGAAUUUAGUGAUUUUUGCUUUUUUCUUUUUGAGUCAAUUAAAACAAAUCAAGAACAAUAGCGGAAAAAUUUUUCUAAAAGAGUUUUUUGCUGUUUUGAGUGUGUUAUAAUUCAUUUUCUCAAUACUUUUUCUGCUUUUACGAAGCUUUGAAUAAUUUCCGGGUUUUUUUAACGGUUUUGGAUGCAUGUUGAACAGUUAUAGCCGAUUCACGGCUAGUUUGGUAGGAAAAAAAGCGUGGCUCGUCUCUUUUAUUUUCGUGUCAGGACCCAUUUUUCGAUGGUUCAAGCCAGCCGCGAACCAUCGAAAAAUGGGUCCUGACACGAAAAAAGCAGUCAAUUUGAAGUAAGGUUCAACUUUCAACUGCCCAACAUGCUGUUUGAUCAAAUUGAACGAAUGGAGAAAAAAAAUUCUUCGCCAGGGCCUAACAACCUAUCACAGUGAUUUCUUUCAACUAAAAAAAAAAAUGAUUCAGAUUCAUACCCUUGGAUUCGAUUUUACGAAUGAGUACGAAUUGCGCCUUGUACGACUUGAUGUGAGUGUUUUCGUCAACAUCGAAACUUUUCAAUUGUUCUCUUUCAGUUGGCUCGAUUCAUCGAAAUAACCCUCGAGCUGAAAGUUUCCGUGUUUCAUUCGUUACUGUUCAUCUUGUAAGUGAGCAAUUUGAAAAAUAGAGCGAAAUCGGUUUCCAGAAAGCCCGAAUUGGUUCGAGUCUUUGUGGAUCAUGGCGCAAAUGUGCAUGCGAAAAAUGUGAAGGGACGGCCGAUUCUCUCGGCCCUCCUUCGCCCUUUUGCGCCCUCCUCUACCGUCAAACUCCACUAUUACCUUUCCAAAGAGUUGGCGUUCUCAACGUUUUUGUUGUCAUUUCAAUAAUUUCAGGCGCUGGAAUUAUGUUCGAGCCCUUCUCGAGUGCGGAGCGCGACUCUACAUCCACAGAAAAACGCACAGCGUUUGGGAAACUUUGGUCCUUGGAACGCCGGGAUACGAACCCCUCAUCGAUUUCAGUGCGGUUUUGAAGAAAUUCGGGGGAAAAAAAAACAUUUUCCUGUUAUAGUCAAUUUUUCCCGACUUGAAAGGCGAGGGAGGCGGGGCAAGGGGCGGGACGCGUAACGUGUGCGCUCGCGGUUCUUGGCAAGUGUUCAAUUCAACCGCCAUCGACUCUUUGAAAAGCCCGUUUUUCGCUCUUUCUAUUCCUUUUUCAAUUAUUUAUUGAUUAUGUUCAUGUGUGCAUCAAAAACUAGUAGAAAACAUAGAGAAAAAAACGGUUGCCGAGCUUUUUAAAUAGUCGGCGGCAAUUGAAUUGAACUCGCGCCAAGAACCGCGAACGCGCACGCUACGCGUCCCGCCCCUUGCCCCGCCUCCCUCGCCUUUCAAGUCGGGAAACAUUGACUAUAUCAAUCGGUUCUGGGUACAAUGCUCUCCCUCAUCCAAGAUUUUCAUUUUCUCUCACUACUUUUAUUUUUUUUUCAACAGUUUUCUCAAUCUUUACAGAAUCGCUUGCUAAAAAAUAUCACGAAUUUUUUUGUAAUUAUCUACUCAAAAAACUAUUUUUGAAGUUUACACAGAAGCUCACAAAGUUUAAAAUGAAACUGACGCAAAGAAAAUUUUUCAGUGUUUUUUUGAGUCAAGAAAUAUUUUUAUAGUGCGUUCACGGUGAGUCGGCCACGUUUAAAAAAAAAAUAAAAGAAAAAGCUAUCGUGAAUACAAACUUUUACUCUACAAAACUGCUAAAAGACAGCAAAAAACAAAGGUCUCGAAGCGAAACUUUUCGUUUUUUUUUUCAUCCGAGCUACAGAACCCUUCCCUUCGAUGCGCGCAAUAUUUAUCUCUGCGUGCGCCUUUAAUGUAACUAAAGUUUUAGGCCAAAUUCAAAACCCAUGCAGAAAAAAAUCACGCGCUCUUUGAAUGGAGUUCUAGCUCGGAAAGAAAAGGAAAAUCUUGGCAAGCUGGCGUGGAAUGGGUUAUAUAGCUUUUAAACACUCCAAUCAAUCAAACAGUCUAUAUUUUGAGCUAUUCACGAGUACCGUACAAAAAAACAUUUUUCAGGCGGAGUUCCGUUCAAACUGCAAGACUUUGCCGCAGUAGCUGUCGAAGACAACUGGCCGAUGGAUUUAUUGGAAGACUAUAUGCCGCCGUAUAAAAUGCCGCCUGAAGUUGUGAACAACUGCAGAAGGUUCCUCGGCCUCUGGAAAAAGAUGUCACCAGAAUAA